AUGAAGCUGGUGAGGAAGGACCUGGAGAAGGACAACGCGGGGCAGGUGACGCUGAUCCCCGAGGAGGCCGAGGACAUGUGGCACACGUACAACCUGCUGCAGGUGGGUGACAGCCUGAGGGCCUCCACCAUCCGGAAGGUGCAGACCGAGUCGGCCACGGGCAGCGUGGGCAGCAACCGCGUCCGCACCACCCACUUCGACUCGCAGGCCUGCCAGCUGCGGGUCAAGGGCACUAACAUCCAGGAGAACGAGUAUGUCAAGAUGGGAGCUUACCACACCAUCGAGCUGGAGCCCAACCGGCAGUUCACGCUGGCGAAGAAGCAGUGGGACAGCGUGUUGCUGGAGCGCAUCGAGCAGGCGUGUGACCCGGCCUGGAGCGCCGAUGUGGCAGCCGUGGUCAUGCAGGAAGGGUUGGCUCACGUCUGCUUGGUCACCCCCAGCAUGACGCUUACCCGUGCCAAGGUAGAGGUGAACAUCCCCCGCAAGAGGAAAGGGAACUGCAGUCAGCACGACAAGGCCCUGGAGAGGUUUUACGAGCAGGUGGUGCAAGCCAUCCAGAGGCAUAUCAACUUUGAGGUGGUGAAGUGUGUGCUGGUGGCUAGCCCAGGCUUCGUGCGGGAGCAGUUCUGUGACUACAUGUUCCAGCAGGCAGUCAAGACUGACAACAGACUUCUGCUGGAGAACAGAUCCAAGUUCCUACAGGUUCACUCUUCCUCGGGACACAAAUACGCACUGAAGGAAGCACUCUGCGACCCAGCUGUAACUAGUCGUCUUUCUGACACUAAGGCAGCUGGUGAGGUCAAAGCCUUAGAUGACUUCUAUAAAAUGCUGCAGCACGAGCCUGACCGGGCCUUUUAUGGUCUAAAACAUGUGGAGAGGGCAAAUGAAGCUAUGGCCAUUGACACCUUGUUGAUCAGUGAUGAGCUCUUUCGGCACCAGGACGUGGCUACACGUGCCCGAUAUGUUAAAUUGGUAGAUAGCGUACGGGAGAACAUGGGCACAGUACGCAUUUUCUCCAGCCUUCAUGUGUCUGGAGAGCAGCUUGGCCAGUUGACAGGGGUAGCAGCCAUCCUGCGCUUUCCUGUUGCUGAGCUCUCUGACCAGGAAGAUGAAUCUAGCUCUGAAGAGGAUUGAUAACUGUGACUUCAUUCCGUAGUUUCUUUUCCAAGUCAUGUGGAAAUGCCAUUUAAAGUCCCUCACUUCCUAUGUACUGUGUGCAGAUGUUCCAUGACACGUAAUUGAAAGUUCUUUAAUAACAGACAUAUACAGUAUAUAGCUCUGCUCAGUACAGGGCUCGAUAUCUGUUCUAUGGUAA